AUGUUACCCCGACCACUUACCACACUCGCCUGCCAUGAUCUGGUUACCCCAUUACUGACUACUGCCCGAUCUUAUUCGACCGCCACACAUCACCUCCGCCUGCGCCGCUGCAAUGGAGUGAUUUGCGGCUCCAGCUUCGGCCGAGAAGUUGGGGUUUCUGGACUGCCGGGCGGCAGGAGCUGGCACUUGUCCGUCUCUGCCAGGGGCAAGAAGACAAAGUCCACGGUGAAGCUAGACGAUCUACCCCAGGGCGUUUUGCCACUAGAUCCCUGUCCUGUGCAAGAUGAGGGCCCAACAUACCCGACCGUCGUGCUGCAAGCGCGCCGCAACAUGCAAAAAUUUGACAACUGCGUACUAUUGACGCGAGUCGGCGGUUUCUAUGAGCUGUACUUUGAGCACGCCGAGGAGUACGGGCCCCUCCUGAACCUCAAGGUUGCUCAGAAGAAGACGAGUGCCGGACCGGUUCCCAUGGCCGGCUUUCCCUUCUUCCAGCUGGAUCGGUUUCUCAAGAUGCUGGUCCAGGAUCUCAAUCGCUAUGUCGCCAUUGCUGAGGAGUUUCCCAAUAACGCGCCGGAGAAGGUCAAGUCUGGUGGGCUGAUGCAUGAUCGGAGAGUUGCUCGUGUUAUCACGCCAGGAACCUUGAUUGAUGAGAACUUCAUGGAUCCCUACACCAAUAACUUCGUGCUGGCUAUCCAUGCGACGGCAGCCCAGUCUGGGGGAGGGGUAGAGCAGACAGGCGCCCCAGACUCGUCCCAUUCAGCCGCUGACCGGAGCGUGACUCCGGCAACUGGUGACUCUGCCGCACCACCGCUACCCCUGGGCCUCGCCUGGCUAGACCUGUCCACCGGUCAGUUUUACACGCAGGCCACCGAUCUCCCGGCUCUCUCUUCGAUCUUGUCGAGGAUAUGCCCCAAAGAAGUCGUGCUCAACAGCGAGAUCCAGGCUCAGACCGACCAUGGCCUGUGGCCCAUCCUCAGCGAGGACCGGCAUCUGGUCACUUACAGCUCCUCCGGCGAGAUCAGGUGUCUUUCUGAUUGGACCUCUAUGCUAGAGAGCGAAAUCUCUCAGGCGACGCGCGAUGCCUUCACCGAGCGUGAGGUGACGGCCGGCAGCCUGCUGCUCCAUUACGUCAAGGAACAGCUGCUAGGGUUGAGCAUGAAGCUGCAGCCGCCCCUGCGACACGAGAACAUGCAGAUUAUGAGCAUCGACAAGAACAGCGUGCGAGCACUCGAGAUUAAGCAGACGAUCCAAGACGGGAGCUUUCGGGGCAGCCUCCUCCACGCCAUCAGACGGACGGCCACCAAAAGUGGUGCCCGGCUCCUCAACGACUGGCUAAGCGCGCCGUCCACAUCCCUCGACAUCAUCAAGCUCAGACAGGACCUAGUCGCCCGCUUCAUCGAGGAGCCAGACUUGCGCGAUGCCGUGGUCUUGCUGCUCCGCUGGAGCCAUGACUCCCAGCGCCUCGUACAGAAAUUCGCACUCGGCAGAGGAGACCCAGACGACCUGGUAGCCCUGGCGAACACGAUCCAUGCCACUGACAGUAUCCAUCAGCUGUUGACGGGAGCGGCCGAUGAGUCCAAGUGUCUCGCACACAUGACUGCCCGCAUGAACCUCAAGGGGCCCCUGACCCUCGCGCGUCGCAUCAAGGACGCCAUCGACGAGGAGGGCAUUGUACACCAGCAUGAGAUCGAGGCGAGUGAGGCGGGGCAGAUGAUGGCCCUAGCCCAAGAAAUCGUCAGCACCGAAGGCACGCAGGACGACGCAGCCGUCCUCCCCAAGGGAGCCGCGAAGAGGAGGCGCCCCACAUCGGUCCGGGAGGCAUACGCCGAUGAUAACGAGACGUGGACCAUGAAGCCGGAAGCCAGCGCCGUCCUCCGCCAGCUCCACGUCGACCUCGCCGCCCUCCACGCCGAGAAAGAAACCCUCGCCGAGACGCUCCGCGACCGCCACAGCGUCGCGUCCCUGACCCUCCGCUGGUCCCCAGCCCUCGGCCACUUCUGCCACAUCAAGGGCAAAGACGCCCGCGCCGUCUACUCCAACAUCAGGGCCUUGAGCUCCAGUAAGUCGACGAGCUCUUUCCACGACCCAGAGUGGACGCGCCUCGGCCAACAGCUCGAGCACGCCCGGCACAGCAUCCGCACUGAAGAGCAGCGCGUCUUCCACACCCUCCGCGCCGCUGUUGUGCUGAACCUUGUCAAGCUGCGCCGCAACGCUGCCGUCCUCGACGACCUUGACAUUACCACGUCCUUUGCGAAGCUCGCUGUCGAGCAGGGCCUCAUCCGGCCCAUUGUCAAUAACUCGACGGGCCACACCAUUAUCGGUGGCCGCCAUCCUACCGUCGAGGGCGGAUUACACGAACAGGGGCGUAGCUUUAUCCGCAACGACUGCCUAGUUGGCGGCUCAGGCUCGCCGGAGGCAAAGCUUUGGCUCAUCACGGGGCCCAACAUGGCGGGCAAGAGCACCUUCCUCCGCCAGAACGCGCUCAUCACGAUCCUCGCGCAGAUCGGCUGCUACGUGCCGGCCGACUACGCCGAGCUGGGCGUCGUCGACGCCCUCUUCAGCCGCGUCGGGUCCGCGGAUAAUCUGUACCGCGACCAGAGCACCUUUAUGGUGGAGAUGAUGGAGACGGCGCACAUCUUGCGCAACGCGACGCCGCGGUCCUUUGUCAUUAUGGACGAGAUCGGCCGGGGUACGACGCCCGAGGACGGCACGGCUGUCGCGUACGCCUGUCUGCAUCAUUUGGUCACCAUCAACCAGUGCCGCACGCUGUUUGCCACGCAUUUCCACCGCGUUGCUGACUUGGCGGUCCAGGAUGGGUUGAGCGGCGAGGGCGAGAAGGGGUGGGUGGAGAUGUACUGCACAGAUGUGGACGAGGACGAGGAUGGCGGAUUCGUCUACGUUCAUAAACUGCGCAAAGGCAUCAACAGGCAGAGUCAUGCACUCAAGGUGGCAAAGUUGGCAAACCUGCCAGGGCCAGCAGUGAGCAUCGCGAAAAGGAUUCUUGGUAUUGAAAAGGCUUAG